CGAUCGCUAGUCGUUGUUGAUCGCUGGGAAAUGGCGUCGUACGUUUUUUGAUGUUAAGUGGACGUGUGAUUCCAAGGUCUCCUUAAAUUUACAGCCACAAUGGGGAAAGGGUUCAAUAACUACAUGUGCAAAAAGCCCUUCCAUCCUGGGUCCAAAGACAACAUCAAAAGGGCAUGGAUGGCUGAACAGAGGACUGAAAAUGAGAAAAGAAAACAGGAUGAAUUAAAGCUACAGUACGACAAAGAACAGGAUCUGUACAACAACAGGUCGCUUGUUAGCAAAGAGAGCAAAGAAAAGCUGGCACUAAACUUCAUGUACGAAGCACCACCAGGAGCCAAGCGAGAACAUCAGAAAGAAGACGACGAGCCAGAGUUCAAGUUUGAGUGGCAGAGAAAGUACAACGCUCCGAGAGAAGACUUUGCGAAAGACAACAAAGAAAUCAGGGACCAGCCGUUUGGGAUAUCUGUCAGGAAUGUUAGAUGCAUCAAGUGCCAUCAGUGGGGUCAUAUUAAUACAGAUAGGGAGUGCCCCCAGUUUAACCAGGCAGGAACUUCUUCAGGAGGCGUGUCGAUGGACCCUCUAGAACUCAUGAAACAAAUGAGAGAUGAUGGGCUGCAGUUGAAGCAAUCAGUUCUUGGGCAUCGCUUCAAUGCAAAGCAGACAAACCAGAUGAUGCUCGGCAGCGAUGAUGAACAGGAGGGUGAUCCUGAAGUGGAAUUUUUAAAGUCACUUACUUCGAAGCAGAAGAAAAAACUGCUCCAAAAGUUGAACAAGAUGGCCAAGAAGCAGGACUCAAAAUCAGACAAGAAGAAAAAGAGCAAGGCCAAGAAAAAGUCCAAGAAGAAGAGGAAGCAUAAGAGUAAAAAGGCAAGCUCUAGCAGCGACUCUUCUGACUCUGAUACAGCUAAAAAAGAAAAGAGUCACAAGAAGAAGAAACACUCCUCGAAAAGGAAGCACAGGUCCUCCAGGAAGGAUUCGAGUGGCGACAGCAGUCGGUCGAGCAGCAGCUCGGACGAGUCGAGCAGCUCGAGCUCGAGCUCCUCGUCCGGAAGCGAUAACGAGAGGCACCGCAAGCGAAAGCGCUCGGAAGAAAGAACCGCCGCACCUCCGUCGGACGUUCCUUCUUCCAAGAAGGCCAAACGCAGUCACAAGAAGAAGGACUCCAAGAAGGACAAGCACUCGCGUGAAGGUUCCGCAAAGAGGUCGCAGUCCAGCGAUUCCGAGAACAGCUCGGCCGGUGAGAAACAUCACAAGAAGAAGAGGAAGCGCAAGUCCAAGGACAAGAAGCACAAGUCGAAGUCUUCGAGUAAAGAGAAGACAGACCCGAAGACAGGACCUCUGUUUGGGGAUUCGAGCAAGGCCCUGCUCCCUCCCGGAGACGACGACGACACCGAAGACGCCGCAAAGUUCCCGAAGACGAAUUUGAAACCGAAGAAGAUAAUUGACUUUGAUUUCGAGAAGUGCAUAGCAAAGGAUGACACCCGGUUCGAGGAAGAGAGACGGAGCUUGGUCGCGUCCCACGACACCUCGGACGACGGCAGCAAGAUGUCUUUUCCGAGAAGCACCGGCAAGCCCAAGAAGAUAAUCGACUUUGAUUUUGACGUUGUAAGCUCAAGCGUCGGGCCAUUGUUUGCCGACCCCACGAAGGACUUGCUUCAAGGUGAAAACGCUGAAGACAGUAGCGUGAAGUCGCCUCCGCAGAAAAAGAACGGCAAGCCGCCGAAGAUAAUCGACUUCGACUUUGAUGCUCUGGAGCAGCAUGGUCUGGGCAGCAGCAAGUCGUUGGGGUCGAAACCAGAGAAGAUAAUCGAUUUCGAUAUUGACCUGGAGAAGUUAGAAGCUGCUCAUGGCGUGGGUUCCAGGGAGAAGUACAGUCCGUCGUCUCCGACAACAAGAAGGGUGUCUGAGGGCUCACCCGACAAAGAGAUGCAGGGAGAAAGGAAGCUUAAGUUCCAAGACCAAGGCAGUUUCCUUAGAAAUCCAUCGCCUCCUUCGAAGGGAGCACGGAGCAUAUCUCCCCCACCGUUCAGUCCGUAGAAGGUGCCGUCACGGCUGGACUGUUUGUGACUCUCUCUUUUUGUGACAUUCUCUUCUAUACCCAUUGCCCAUGUAUGACUGUCGCGCACCAUUUUGAUUUGUGUAUGUCUGUGUGACGAUGAUUUUUGGGAAAUUGGAGUCAAUUUAACGCUUUCAUUUUGCACCAGGACACAUACCGCACCAUUCUGUUCAGUCAUUCGUUUGUGGUGUACAUAGCUUCUAAAUGUUAGACUACGUGUCGUAGUGAAACGGGUUGCCAUUCUCAAAAUGCUGCAACUGCUAACAAGUUGCUAGUGAUAGCAAGAAGGUACUUGUACUUGUUCAUUAGAACAUGCACUUCCUUUUUUUUUUUCUUAAUUUUUGGCUUUUAGCUAGAACUCCACCAACAAAUUAUCUGUGGCAAGUUUGUUUACUUUUUUUUGGGGGGGGGGGGGAGGGGGGG